AUGUCCACCACCCAAACCCAACCCCUCGGACCCCCCAUCAACGCAACCCCAGCCCAGCCUCCAACCCACCGCAUCCUUGAAGGAACCUAUGUCUCCCUAGUCCCCCUCAACAUCACCCACGCCCCAGCCCUCUACACCCAACUCAACAACCCCUCAAUCUUCACCUACAUGACCAGCGGCCCCUUCACCACCCUCUCUGACUUCACCAUCCACAUCAGCACCCUGGCCACCUCAAACGACCCCUUAUUCUUCACCAUCAUUCCCAAGAUCCCACUUUCCCUUUCCAACUCUCACAGCAACGGUAGUAAAGAUGGCAAGACCCUGCCGGCAGACACCCCAUCCGGCUACCUCUCCUACCUGCGCAUCACUCCUCCCCAUCGGAGUAUCGAAAUCGGGAAUAUAACCCUCUCCCCCAUACUGCAACGCACGACCGCUGCCACCGAGUCUUUGUACCUGGUUAUGCAUCACGCCAUGUCCGACCUAGGCUACCGACGUUUGGAAUGGAAAUGCGACGACUUGAACGCGAAAAGCCGGCGCGCGGCGGAGCGGCUGGGUUUUGUCUAUGAGGGGACAUUUCGGAAGCAUUUGAUUAUCAAGGGCCGGUCGCGGGAUACGUGGUGGGGGUCGAUUACGGAUGAGGAGUGGGAGGAGAGGGAGGGGAAAGUGUUGAGGACGUGGUUGGAGGAGAGGAAUUUUGUAGAGGGAAGGCAGGUUAGGAGGGUGGAGGAGAUUAGGAGGGCGUUAGAGGGUUGA